GAACACGAGGCACAGAAAAGUUAGCGGAUUUGUUUCUGGCGUCUGACCUGCAGCAGCAGCAGCAUCCGUCGAGAGCAUCAUGGCAAAUAAAGCACAGCAGCCUCCUCACCUGCACCUGGCCGAGGUCACCGCAUCCCAGUUCCUCGACAUUUGGAAACAUUUCGACGCUGACGGUAAUGGCUACAUCGAGGGGAAGGAGUUGGAGAACUUCUUCAGGGAGUUGGAGAUGGCCCGGAGAGGAGCAGGAGUGGACCCUUCAAACCCCACAUUCAGAGAAAAGAUGAAGGAGUUCAUGCAGAAGUUUGACAAGAAUAAAGAUGGAAGAAUUGAGAUGUCUGAGCUGGCCCAGAUUCUCCCGACUGAAGAGAACUUCCUGCUCUGCUUCAGACAGUUUGUCAGCUCCAGCGCUGAGUUUAUGGCGGCAUGGAGGCGAUAUGAUACAGAUCGCAGUGGCUACAUUGAAGCAAAUGAACUGAAGGGCUUUCUGUCAGACCUGCUGGAGAAGGCUAACAGACACUAUGAUGACCAGAAGCUCCAGGAGUACACACAGACCAUACUCAGGAUGUUUGAUCUGAAUGGAGAUGGGAAGUUGGGCCUGUCAGAGAUGGCGAGGCUCCUCCCCGUCCAGGAGAAUUUCUUACUCAAAUUCGAGGGUGUCAAGUUGACUACUGACCAGUUCAAUGCCAUCUUCACAUACUAUGACAAGGAUGGAAAUGGCUACAUCGAUGAGCAGGAGUUGGAUGCCCUGCUACGAGACCUUUACCAGAAAAACAAGAAGGAUGUGGACGUGAAGAGCCUGACGGGCUACAAGCAGAGCAUCAUGAGCCUGUCUGACGGAGGGAAGCUCUACCGUGGCGAGCUGGAAAUUGUCCUCUGCAGGGAGCCAAUGUGACUUUUCCUCCUCUCUUGUUGUGUAUCAUCAUUUUCUCUGCCUGCCCUGCUCUCCCGAGACCACACCCACAUCCAGCUGCCUGGCGACAUAUACCAGGUGCAUGUGCCAGACACCCCCCCCAUCCUUUCCCCAACCCCCUCCUAAAGUUACAACAUCAGAACGAGUAAGUGCACUGUCAGCACGCAACGGCUCUUCCCCCCUCAAACCCCCAUUUUCUGCAACCUGACCUCUUGACCCUAACCAUGACCUGUCUGAAACCUCUACAGCAGCUUUUCACCUUCUCAACUCUCCCCCAUGUCCUUUACCAUUUCUGACCUCAUGAUCGUCCCUGCCAUCCAAGCUGUGCCUGACUUGCAACUCCUGACCAAAAGCCCAAACCCGUCAUUCCACAGAAAUGACCUUUUGACCCGUUGAUAUCUCCCAAACCUUGACCCCGGCUUCAUUGACCCCUCCAUUCCCUCGCUCUUUUAACUUUGCAUUAGAUACAAUAUAUAGUCAAACAAAACAACAAACAACUGUGUUUGAAUUGAUCUAAUUAUAGUCUGUGAUGGAACUGGUAUUGAUUUCUCCACCUCUGUUUGUCCAGAAAACCUCUUGUUCCAUUGCCAAGAUAUGAUUUUCAUUU